AUGAAGAGCUUUUCCAAGCGCGAGGCUGACCGGAGAAUGUUCCUGGAGCAGGUCCGGGAGAGCAAGGAGAACGGCUACCUCCUCUCUUCCAAGAAGAUCGGCUCGGGGGCCUUCUCCAAGGUCUACCUGGGUUACGCCACCCAAGACAAACUGAUGCAGAACUACAAGCUGGCCUCAGAUCUCCGGAGCAAGAGGCACUCCAUGGUUGCUAUAAAGAUCAUCUCAACGGCAGAAGCACCUGUAGAAUAUACCAAAAAGUUCCUUCCAAGAGAAAUCUACUCCCUCAACGUUACCUACAAGCACUUAAAUGUUAUUCAGCUCUACGAGAUGUACCGGAACAGUAAGCGCACCUACCUGGUCCUGGAGCUGGCCUCCAGGGGAGACCUCCUGGAGCACAUCAACGCCACCUCUGACAGGCGAGAGUUCCCCGGGCUGGAGGAAGAAGAGGCACGGAGGCUCUUCCGCCAGAUUGUCAGUGCCGUGGCACACUGCCACAAUGUCGGCAUCGUCCACAGAGACUUGAAAUGUGAGAACAUUUUGCUAGAUGAACGUGGCUUCAUUAAACUAACAGAUUUUGGGUUUGCCAAUCGCUAUUCCCUGAAGAAUUCCCUCAUGAGCACCUUCUGUGGCUCCGUGGCCUACACUGCCCCGGAAAUCCUCAUGAGCAAGAAGUACAACGGGGAGCUGGCUGACCUGUGGAGCCUUGGGGUGAUCCUCUAUGCCAUGGUGACAGGGAAGCUCCCCUUCAAGGAGCGCCAGCCGCACAAAAUGAUCCACGUGAUCAAGCAGGGACUGGCUUUCCGGCAGCCAAUCUCACCAGAAUGCCAGAACCUCAUCGAGGGCUUGCUCCAGCUGAAGCCGGUGGCCCGCCUGGGGCUGCAGCAAGUGGCCACGCACCGCUGGAUGCUGCCCGCCACCUCUGCCAUCUUCCACCGCGUG